AGUCUGACUGCGCCUGCGUAUCCAGACGUGGCAACGGCAUCAUGGCCUCCUGGAUCCGCUUCAGGAGAAAGAUGAGAGUGGCAACGAUGUUCGCGCUGGCGCUGCUGAUGCUGAUGCUGUCGUCGCUGGAAGGGGUGAAGGUGUCUCCUCUCAUAGAGAAAGUCAGCGACCACAAAGACUUCAAGAAGCUGCUCAGGACAAGAACCAAUGUUCUGGUGCUCUACACUAAGACAGCUACAUCGGGGGACUCUUAUCUGAAACUGCUGUCUGAUGUCGCCCAAACAGUAAAGGGCCAGGGGACCAUUGCCUGGGUCAACUGUGGAGAUUCAGAGGGCCGUAAGCUUUGUAAAAAAGUGAAGGUGGACCCAAGCUCCAAACAUGAGGGAGCAGAGCUGCUGCAUUACAAAGAUGGGACAUUCCACACAGAGUACAACAGACCUGCUACAUUUAAGUCUAUGGUGGCGUUUCUGAAGGACCCAUCAGGGCCGCCGCUGUGGGAAGAGAACCCUGAAGCAAAAGAUGUCGUCCACAUCGAAACAGAGAAAGACUUCAGGAAGCUGUUGAAGAAAGAGGAACGACCUGUACUCAUGAUGUUCUACGCUCCCUGGUGCGGCGUUUGCAAGAGAAUGCAGCCUAUUUUCCAGCAAGCAGCCACAGACACUAAAGGCAAAUUUGUACUGGCAGGGAUGAAUGUGCACCCGGCUGAGUUUGACGGCCUUAAGCAGGAGUACAACGUCAAAGGCUAUCCGACCUUCUGCUACUUUGAGAAGGGCAAAUUCCUUCAUCACUAUGAAAACUACGGCGCUACACCCAAGGAUAUAGCGGAUUGGCUAAAGAACCCUCAGCCCCCCCAGCCAAAGACUCCUGAGGUGCUGUGGUCGGAGACGGACUCGGCGGUCUUCCACCUGACCGACGAGUCGUUUGACAGCUUCCUGGAGGAACAUCCUGCAGCCCUGGUCAUGUUCUACGCCCCGUGGUGCGGCCACUGCAAGAAAAUGAAGCCAGAGUAUGACGAAGCUGCUGAAGUACUCAACAGAGCCACAGACAGUCCAGGCGUGCUAGCAGCAGUUGACGCCACGGUGCACAAGGCGGUGGGAGAACGCUUCAAGAUCUCUGGUUUCCCAACCGUUAAGUAUUUUGAAAACGGGGAAGAAAAGUACACACUCCCACACCUGCGGAGCAAAGACAAGAUCAUUGAGUACAUGCACAAUCCCCAGGCACCUCCCCCACCAGAGCAGUCCUGGGAGGACAAACCCUCCAGUGUCAGCCAUCUUGGCUCGGAGGAUUUCAGAGAUGCCCUGAAGAAGAAGAAGCACGCUCUGGUCAUGUUCUAUGCUCCUUGGUGCCCACACUGUAAAAACGCCGUCCCUCACUUCACCACAGCAGCAGAGCUCUUUAAGGAGGACCGCAAGAUUGUGUACGCUGCUGUGGACUGCACAAAAGGACUGAACCAUGACCUCUGCAAGCAGGAGGGGGUGGAGGGCUACCCAACGUUCAACUACUACAACUAUGGCAAGUUCGUGGAAAAGUACAGCGGGGAUCGCGGGGAAGCGGGCUUCAUAGGAUUCAUGCGCAACCUCAGAGGUCGUGACCAGGAAAAGGUGGUCAAGAGGAAGGAGGAGCUCUGAGGGUGGCAUGUAUAAAAAAGGGGGCGAUGCACUGUGAGUCUGGUGAGGGCCCUUUCAGCACUGAAGUGGGAGACUCAAUGACCUCAGCGAAAGGCUAUUUUUUAUACCAUGGUGAUCUCAUUUGUAACGAUACCAACAGAGGACUGACCAACCACUUGAGACUUCUUUUUAUGGAUAUUUUGAUGGGCACAAAAUGGAUUAAAAAAGGUGAUUUCUUUUUUUUUUCUUUUUUUUUAGUUUGUUUGUUUGCCCAAUCACUGUGACUUGAAUAUGUUAAAAGCUACAUCCUAUAUGGUAUCUAUGCAAAAGCGACCCCUGCUCAUGCCUGUGGAGGGUCUGUGUGAUCUAUGACUGUGGUGGAGGCUGGCUGGUGGUGGAACAAGCUUAACGUGGAGGCUGCAUCUUCCAUCACUACACGAGGGGUUUUCAUCCAAUCAACCUUGCACUAUCUUUAAAGAUGAAUUGGGCUGGGAGUUUCUUCUUCUUCUUCACGGUAUUUAGUCUGUUGCUUUCUUUCGCCGAUCAUUUUGAAUUAAUUAGUCACAAGUUUCAUUUAAAAUUCCUUUUCCAUCCCCGCUUCAUCCAGUUGAGGGUGGGGGUGCUGGAGCCGAUCCCAGCUUUCAGCGGGCCAACAGCCCGACAUGUAAGGCAGGGCUAAGCUGAGAUCCCGUCAUUUAUGUAAGGCUCGUUAUUCAUCUUUUACAUUAGUUUCUGUAAAACCUUCAGGCUUUUAAAGUAAAACGUGAAGCGGUACAAUCGGUAAUAAGGUUCUGUAGGAAUGUGGACUAGGUAACAGGGGGACUAAAGGGUCAGUGUUUGUCUCCAUUCUGGAUAGUUUUACUUUAAGAACACGUUUGUGGAAGUGUAAAUUUCAAACUUGCGGCCUUUAAACAUGGAGGAAUGUGAAACUGCAAAAAAUGCUGAAGAACAGUGGAAGAGAUGGAGGCCAGGCGUCAUCGCAACUCCCCCCCACGACCAGAAGCAGUCCAAGUAAAAACCAGAACAAAAAAAGAAACAAUCAUCUAUUAUCACGCACAACUACGCUGAUGUUUCAGCUCUUGCUUUUGGUUCUUUGCUUAUUCAUGAAUAUGUUAACAAGUUGGAGGGCUCCUUCACAAGCACAGAAGGGUGUCAACGGUUUUGGGGUUAAAUUAGGAACGUUACCGCUCACUCUCCUUUGCAGAAGUAUUCACAGCCCUGCAACCUUUUCACAUUUUUGUCACAUUACAUGCUCAACCUUCGAAGCAUUUUCUUGGGAUUUCAGUAAUGCACCAACUCAAGGUUAUGAUAAAUCGAGAAGUGAAAGGAGAAAUGAUGCACAGUUUGUAUGCAAAUACAAAUCUGAAGGACUGCAGAAAAAUUACAGCUGCAGGGCUUUUAGGCUUGCUUCCCGUCGGGAUUGCACACCUAGAAACUGAAUUUUUUUGCCUGUUCUUUUGUGCGGAGGAACUCAGGCUCAGUCAGAUUGGAUGGCGAGCAUCUUUAUUUCAACAGCUUCCCACUUGAAUUUCCCGACCAAUUGUGGGGGAAAAAAAAAAAUAGAACAUCUUUAGGGCUGUCAUUCUGCCAGGAGGUGAACUCCUGCCCAGUCUCAAGUCUUUUGCAGCGCUGUAUUUUUCCAUCAAUCUUCUCAUCAGAUUUGACCAGCUUUCCUGUCCCUGUAGAGGACAUGACGCUGCCACCGCUGUGUUUCACUCUAACGAUGGUGCCCCCUCCACCCCAGAUCGGACACUGUGCCUCGCGACACUUCCAUUUUGGACUUCUAUAGGCCGUUGGUCGCACUGGAUUUUAUCUGGGAGGUAUUUACUUGUAAAAUGUGUAAACAAAAUUUAAAACUAUGCAUCCUUGUCGUUUCACUUCUCAACUGUUGGGCCGGGGCAUAAAAUCGAAAUCAAACACAAGUGGGUCAGCGUUUGCUGCAUGACUAAAUGUGAAAAAAAGAUUACAGACUACGAAUACUUUUGCAAGGUACUGAAUUGAGGCGUUGAUACUAAGUAACCCAAGUUUCUAUGGAUCCCUCUGCUUUCAUGCAUAGCUGGGUCACUUUAGACCUCCUGCUUAGGCCGUGGGCAGUUUUUAUGUCGGGGUGUCCAAGCUGCUUCCACUAGCUCAUCUUUAAUUCGUCAGCACCUUGGACAGCAUCGCCUCUGUCCAUGUCCGCCUCUCCCUGCCCAGGGCCUGCUGCCUUGCACUUUGGUCCAGCGGAGAUCUCUCAUGUCUCCAGACGCUCCUCCACCUCUUGUUGCAUAUCGGCAUCGAAUCUAAUCCAUCAUUAAUACUUUUUUGCACCCCCCAGCCCCUUGACUUUUCUUUCCCUCCACAACGAUCAAACUCCUGUCUGUUGGUUCACUUGUGUUUAUUAAUCAAAGCCUUUUCUUUUAUUAUGAACAAGGUUCUCAGGGAUAGUGUAACACAGUUAAAGGGAAUGCAUUGAUUUCAUUCCAGCUGAAUCAUUCUGAGCCCUUAGGCCACCAUGUUAAAUGUCGUUUACAUUUGUAUCUCUCAAAAACGCACGUUUCCUUUUGCUCUCCCUUCCUCAGUUGAUCAAGGCGUAUUGCUAGUAGAGGUUACUGAACCCGUUAUUGUAAAACAAUAUUUUUCUUAAUAACUUGUUCCCGUGGAAAUCUCCCAAACGUUCUGGCUGGAACCAAACACAUUUUAUAACCCAGCGCUCCUUGUAAUUUCCUUGUCUGGAGGAACAUCCGCGAGUGUUUUAUGCAAUGGGGUGUAAGGUGACAUGUUGCUGUAAUUAAUCAUCUCAUUAAGCAACAACUACCUUUCAUUAGUCCUUCCAUUGGUUUUAUGUUUAGCAGCUGCCACACUGACGCUGUGCAUUUGUCGAAUAACGGCGAGGUUUCUUCCCUUAACCCAAAGGUAUCCAUGUUCUGUGGGCAUUUUUUCACAAUUUAUGCCAAUGCCAAGAAGUCAUUGUUGCCUUUUGUUGAUUUUUUUUUUCCCCUCUGUGCCCAGCCAUAUGUACAGAUUUGACCCUUGCAGUAAGAAAGUAAAAUAAAGCCAAACAUUUUCAAACAAAAA